UAUAUCUGAAAACUAUUUUUGCAGCUUUUGGUUUUUUUAAGAAAAACCUUCACAACCGCAUGCGCUAAAUGUACCUUUUAACUCGUUUAUAUAUUUGGAUAACUUUCGCGUGUGAGAAGAUCUGUUUUGAUUCGAGAUCAGGAUUUGUGCGAAAGAUCGAGCUGGGAAGUUAGCACCGAGGGAAAUCGAGGUGGGGUAAGCCCUACUAAUUUUUUUCUAGUGGCAGAUUUAUACUCAAAGCUUCGUAAUAGUAAAGCUUUUAAAACGUUCAUUCAACGCCGAUCAUCACUGCGAGCUGAAGAACAAACAUGAGUGCAGGAAAUCCCAAAAACCCUAAUCCGUCGACAAAUGUCGACCCAAAGUCGGCGCCUCUUAAAGAAAUUCCAGAUAUCCUUGUUGACUCACGCUCAAAGAAGAGAUAUACGAGAGGGCGAUUCCUUGGGAAAGGAGGUUUUGCCAAAUGCUACGAAAUCACCGACGUGGAAACCAAACAAGUAUUCGCUGGCAAAAUCGUGCCGAAAUCAAUGAUUAUGAAGCCCCAUCAAAGAGAGAAGAUGACCUCUGAAAUAGCCAUUCACAAGAGUCUCAACCACCCACAUGUCGUGGGCUUCCACGGUUUUUUCGAGGACGAAGACUUCGUGUUUGUUGUCCUCGAAAUCUGCAGACGGAGGUCGCUGCUGGAGCUCCACAAGCGCCGAAAAGCUGUAACAGAGCCAGAAGCACGCUACUUCAUGAUGCAGCUGCUCAAAGGCUGCCAGUACCUGCACAACAACAGAGUUAUCCACAGAGAUUUAAAACUUGGAAACCUCUUCCUCAACGAUGAGUUGGAGAUCAAAAUAGGUGACUUUGGCCUUGCCACUAAGAUUGAAUAUGAGGGUGAGAGAAAGAAAACCCUGUGUGGAACGCCCAACUACAUUGCCCCUGAAGUCCUGUGUAAGAAGGGCCACAGCUUUGAAGUUGACGUGUGGUCACUUGGAUGCAUCCUUUACACUUUGUUGGUGGGUAAGCCUCCAUUUGAGACGUCCUGUCUGAAAGAGACCUACAACCGGAUCAAGAAAAACAAUUACACCAUCCCUUGGCAUAUCAAUCCAACAGCGUCCUCCCUGAUCAGGCGAAUGCUGCAUGCAGAUCCUGCCCAGAGGCCCACCAUAGCUGAGCUGCAGACAGAUGAGUUCUUCACUCACGGCUACAUCCCCUUUCAUCUGCCUACUACUUGUCUUACCAUUCCCCCUCGUUUCUCUAUUGCCCCCUCAUCGCUUGAGGUCAACCAGAGACGGCCACUAACUGCUCUCAAUAACAUGGGUAAAGAUUCUUAUACUACAUUUUGAAACAAGAAAAGUCGCAUGAUGGAUAGACUAGUCCUUGACUCGCCAGAGAGCUACCUGGAAGACAUGUUGCAGCAACUCAACAGUAUAAUUGCAGCCAGACCAUCAGAGAAGCCGCUUAUACGGCAAGAAGAGGCAGAAGACCCUGCUAGUACCCCCAUCUUCUGGAUCAGCAAAUGGGUAGACUACUCUGAUAAAUAUGGACUGGGUUACCAGCUCUGUGACAACAGUGUGGGUGUACUGUUCAAUGAUUACACACGUCUAAUGAUGCAUGCUGAUGGAGACAGUCUGCAGUACAUUGACAAGACAGCAGCUGAAUCCUACCUUAGUGUGCGUUCCUACCCUGCAGCUCUCACUAAGAAGAUAACAUUGCUGAAGUACUUCCGUAACUACAUGAGUGAACAUCUGCUGAAGGCUGGAGCCAACAUGGCGCGACGAGAUGGUGAUGAGUUGGCACGUCUCCCCUACCUCGCUCUUUGGUUCAGAACCAAGAGUGCUAUUAUCCUGCACCUAAGUAAUGGCACUGUUCAGAUGAACUUCUUCCAGGACCACGCCAAGGUGAUUCUGUGCUCCUUGAUGGGUGCUAUAACCUACAUUAAUGCGAAGAGAGAGUUCCACACAUACAAGCUGUCUCUGCUGGAGGAGUUUGGCUGUUCCCCGGAGCUCUUCACCCGCAUUCGCUAUGCCAAACAGAUGGUGGAGAAACUGAUAGCCUCCAAGCCAUCCACUGCACCCUAAACAGCCUUGGAUCAAGCUUUCCCCAAAUCACAAGCUGUUUCUUGUGAUGGCCGAGCAAAGGAAAGGAAGUAUCCUGAAUUUGGCCAUUUUAUCCCUUGUAGGUUUUUGUUUUUUAAAUGUACUGUUUGAUGUGCAUAUAUUGUACAUGAGUGAUUAAGUUAAACCGAGCAACCCUGUAAUCUAGCCACAGAUUUUAAUUUUAUCAAUUAGUGGGACAGUGUUUUGUGUUGUCAACUUGUGCCUUUCACGGCUUGUGAGUUGAGUGGAUUUAUCAAGCCAGAAAAAGGGAAUCGCCUCAAAAUUCAUGCUUUUGUAAUGUCACAUUCUUGCCCCUUUAAAUGUACAUGUCAUACGCUUAAACACUAGGCCCUUGGAAAGACAUGGGGAUGAAUUUUUCAGAAUAACAGAUGAAUAGGCUGAAAACAGCCAUGUUUAUCAUGUAUAUGUUUUGUAUUUUCUUAUACUCCAUUUUGGGGUUGUCUUUCGGCAAAAUGCUCACUGUGCAAACUGAAUAUGCAU